UUAUUCAGGUGAAAGCGACUUUCAACAACCUUUCAUUCACUUAUGCUACCAUAUACAGAAACGCAAUCUAAAAUAACAAAUUAAAAAAUCAGCCAUGAAGAUAUAUUUGGCGAUUAUUUUAAUAGUUUUUACGAUAUCUUUUACUAAAACCGAAGAGCUGCCGAAGACUUCAUCGGGUGAAACCAGCGAUGCAGUUGCAAAGUCUUCGGUGACGAAAAAACCAGCGAAAGAUGACGGAAAGAAAAUCGAUUCAGAGACAAAGGAACAACUAGAAGAAAGCUCCAAUGACGAUAAGGAGCUAGAAAAGCAAGAAAAGGUUAAAGCGAAUGACCAGUCGGAAAAUGUGGCCGAGGACGACUCUCAAGAUAGCGACGAAGGGUCGACGGAGGAAAACGUUGAUGACAACGACAAUGAAGCCGACAGUGAUGAUGCACCAGAGGAAGACCAAUCAACGAUAAAACGAGGAGAAGCAUCAAAGGGCGGCAAGGACAAGAAGAAGAGUAAGAAAUACCUGGCGUACCCCAUGUUUUACCCGGGGGAUUACUUUGGUGGAUACGGACACAAUGUUGGUGGCCCCUUGGGGUUCCAUCCAGGCUCAGUUUGGGAGUAUCCCUAUCCAUAUGUUCACCCCAUGUAUCCAUCACCGUUCUAUCCUUGCCAGUGUAAAUGUAAGGAUGACAAAGAGAAAGAAGAAGACAAGAAAGAAAAGGAUAAGAAAACACGAAGGAAACAACUGGUUCCAAGUCACUAUUAUGGUCCACCAAGCGCCGGAUGGGGGGCAUACCAGCCUGGUCACACAGGAGGCGGAUGGGGAGCACCAUACUGGUACAAAUCCUAUAUCCCAGUAACAAAUCAAGCACCCAAACAGCCCAUAACGGAAGGUGCCCAGGCACGCCAUAUCAUAGAAGAUGGACUAGAUUUCGGCUUCGCCAAUUCACACGACUCUGCGCAAAUUUCAUACGGUCAUGGUGAAGAGGGAGUGGGACUCGGUGAGACAUUUGGUGCUGAUUGGCACGAUGGCUACACAGAUCAUCCUGUUUAUGGGACAUACGGUGCGGCAUCUGGUCGCACAACGUACGUCGACCCUGUUUACGGUGAUCUUGAAAACGCCGGUCUGAAUGGCUGGGGACAUGGUGUUGGAAGACCAUACUUGUCUCAUGGCGAAGAAGGGAAUGAGGGUCAUGGCUAUGCAGAAGCGAUUGGUCACCCAUAUCUGCCAUCACAAGAAGGCUUGAACCACGGUCCAGUGCACCAUGGGGAAACCUUCUUCGGCCCUCAUACCGCAAUGCUGCCAACAGCUCAAGGACACGUUCAAGUCGCCAGUGCUGGGCAUGCUGUUGGUAUGGGUGGGCACAAUUUGGGCGGCUUUGCUGACAAGUUCAAUCCAGUUCAUGGCUCUCAGGGUGAUUUUGUUGGUGGUAUCCAUGCUGACCUUGGCAGCCAUGAAAUAACGGGGCACCACCACGACCAUGCAGCAGCAGGUCACACAAAUGCACCACUGUUGCACAAAGGAAGCACUGGAUAUCUCCAUGGUGAUCUUGGCGAUCAUUUUGGAUCUGUUCCAGAACAUCAUGCUAAUCAUGUUGACCUUGGUAUGCAAGACCACUUUGGGCCAAUCCUAGAGCAUUCAGGUGGUCACGGAGGCUUCGCAGGAGGGCAUGGAGGACACGCAGGUGGACAUGGAGGCUACGCUGGAGGGCACGACGUAUUGCAUGGUCACCAUGGGGGGCAUCAUAAUAUGAAUCACAGAAUCUUUCAUGAUUUCAGUGCGCAUGCAGGGCAUGGAGGAGCUUUCGACGGUCACAUUGGCGAUAGCAUCAGCGCCAGCCAUCUCUUUGGAGGAGUGCAUAAAUCUGGGGUGCCAAUCAAACACAAAGGAUCGAAGAAAUAUAAGCCAAAAGCACAGCAGCAUAAAAAGAAGGGUAAAAGCCACUAGCAAUGUGACAUUUUAGUGAAACGGGAUAAAUUUAAGUUCUAACUGACUGGUGUCUUGAAUUUAGCGUGUAAUCAGCAUAAUUAAGUAAUUAAUCAAAAUUUAAAGGGCUUAUAAAUCAGUGCUGGAUAGUGACCCAUAAUUCCAUCCUAUGGAAAAAGAAUGACCAUACAAAAAGGAUUGCAAAUUUCUUUUGAAUAUUUGGCCUGUUCGGAGACUCCUAUAGUUUGUCUUUCGGAACCAAAGCUUUCAUUUUUUGAAUAGAUAUUUGGUGUCUUCAAAUCUGCAUUUAAUCUUUCACGUUGUGUUGCAAAAAGAAUUAUGUAUAGCACGGCGAAUAAGAAUUGAUAAAUUUUGACUUUAACUUUUGUAUCAGUAGAGGUGUAAUUGAUAACCAAA